CGUGACAUGACGCCAUCAUCAAACAUGGCGGACAAGGAAAACACAAACAUGGAAGUCGAUAAGGUAAAGAAAAAAUCAUCUUUAAACAAAGUUGACUCACUCAGUGACGAUGUUGUCCAAAGAGAAGGCAACAAGAAGAAAGCUGAAGGCAAGAAAAGCGCCUUCAAAAGCCACGCCACAACGGAAUACUGCGAGAAACUGCAAGCGUGGAUGUGGCAGUACUAUACAGGAUAUGUGAACUGGCAGAGCUGGAUGGCAGCGUCAGCUAUGUCCUGCCCUCAUUAUUUACAAUCAGCAAGUGGAACUUCGACGGCAGCUCCUGAUAUUAACACCCAGAACUGGUUUAACGGUCCGUUUGUUCUUCCGUUAAGUCCUUAUCCCCACGCUGCGAACUCCCCGAGCAGCCGAGCAGGGGAGGUAGCAGGCGGGGCUGCAGUGUCCGCUCAGCCGCAGCAGCAGACACAGGAGAACGGAAACGCUCCGAGACCAGGUCGAGAGUAUAGUAUCCCUUCACCUCUUCAAAGACUCCUGGCUGAAAUGGUGGAUUUCUUCAUUCUGUUUUUCAUCAAAGCUACCAUUAUCAUCAGUAUUAUGCACAUCAGUGGAAUCAAGGAUGUUUCUAAGUUUGCCAUGCAUUUCAUAGUGGAGGAAAUAGACGAAGACACAUCCAUGGAGGAGCUACAGAAAAUGAUGCUUGUGGCACUUGUGUAUCGGAUAUUAGUGUGUUUCUAUGAGAUUGUGUGCAUUUGGGGAGCAGGAGGAGCCACUCCAGGCAAGUUUCUGGUCGGACUUAGAGUGGUGACAUGCGACUCUUCAGUUCUGGUCCAGCCGAACAGGGUACUUGUGGUACCUGCAACUAAUGUCUCUUUAUCUGCAUCAACUGUCCGAGCCUUAAAUAAGAACUUCUCCAUUGCCUUCUUUUUCCCGGCCUUCAUCACUCUUCUGUUCUUCCAGCACAACAGGACUGUUUAUGACAUGGUAGCUGGUACAAUCGUUGUCAAGCGCUCCGGAGCGAGAUGAUGCAUAACAGUGAAGAAGAGAAUCCUAAACUUAUUAAGAACUGGCACUGUGUGAUGUGUUUUUGAAGAAAUGCCUGCACAACUCAGACCAGGUAAUGUCAGAAGACACAGAAGAGGUUGAUGCUACUGCAGUAUGAACUAUUUCAGAUUCCCACAACUUGGGUUUGGUUUGCCUCGGAUACAUACUGUAUUUCUGCAUAUAUGGUUACAUGCUGCUUUCACAAUCUGUUCCUUUGCUGAAUUGAUGUCUCCUUGUGGAGGGAGAAGAAAGACAGUUUUUGCAACAGUUUUGUUGACAUGGGAUUCUUUUGCCUCUUUUUUAAAUACUUGCUGAGAUUAAGGGCGAAUGUAAUUAAACACAUUCAGUAUUUAAGUCACUAAUGCAUUCACAACAUUACAUCUUCAGUAUCUCUGUAUUAAACCACGUCUGAAAAGUUAAUACUCAGACUUUCCAUUUUUAAAUUUGUUGUGAAACAUUAUUAUGGCAGGGUUGAUGAUCACACCAAUGAAAUAUCUUUCUUCUAAGGCACUUUUAAAUGUAUUGAUUGGAAAAGUAAACCUGAUCACAACUGCUUUUCCUUUACUCUGAACUCAGUAUGUGUUUGAUUGAAUAGUAAAUGUAUGGCGCACUACAUGUAAUACACCUUUGUUCCUUUUCAGGAGAUUAAAUCAAACCACUGAU